AUGUAUUAUGCGCGCAUUUGCCUAUCUCUAGAAAUUAUCCAUUUGCAAGUCUUAAAGAAGCAAAAUAAUAAAGUCCAUUUAAAACAUCACAAUCUAAUUCUUUCUUGUUACACCUCUACUAGUCCUUCUCAUAAUACUACUUUUAAAGAAAAGAAUGUUCAAGUUGCGAAAACUG